AUGCUGCAUAAUAAGGUUGUGGCCGAAGACGCUGCAAUAAAACAUUUGGCUAAAGAAGUCUACAUUCAUCUUACAUUGGUGAUUGAUUAUAUUAGUUAUGGGAUAAACUAUUUAAUAUCAUUGAUACUAAAUUAUUUUUUUGGGCAUCCGAAACCAAGUCUUAUCCACACUCCUACACCAACAUUUCAUCCUGCGGUAUUAGUAACAGGAACUUCCGUUGGAAUAGGAAGAGAUGUAGCAUUGACUUUGGCAAAAAAAGGUUAUACAGUAUUUGCUGCAGUGCGUAAAUAUGAAGAUUUUGAAUUAUUGCUUCAACAAUUUAGCGAAAUGAUACAUGAAAACCAUGAAACACUUGGAACACUUCGCUGCGUCAUAAUGGACGUUACGAACUAUAAUGAUAGGCAAAGGGCAUAUGAUACUAUACGUCUUGCUAUUUCUCGUGAUACUCCAUUCAUAGGCUUACUGAAUAUUGCAGCAACAGUUAUUUAUCUGCCUGUUGAAGUUGCUUCGGAUCUAGCAGUUCAUGACACCUUCGAAACUAAUUUAUUUAGCAUAAUCCAUUUGACGAAGUUAUUUCUACCGUUAUUAAGGGAAAGUCGUGGAAGAGUUGUAAAUAUUGGGAGUAUUUCCGCAUGGAAUUCUACUUCAUCGAUGGCCCUAUAUGCUGCCUCUAAAGCCGCUUUAAGAGCUCUUACUCGUACUUGGAGGCAAGAAGUUCGUUCAUUGGGAAUUGAUAUGAUCCUAGUGGAACCAGGCGUGAUUGAUACCCGAUUCACUCAAAAAGUACAUCGGAAUUUCCAAGAAUUUACCGGAUUCUCAACAAAUUCUCCUUAUAACGAAACGCUUCAGAAUAUUAGCCCGAGCACUUUAGAUAUCUAUGAAACACAAUUCAAAAUCGUUGGAAGGUUAUGCGAUGAAGUGAUCGAUACAGCAGCUCCUCCUGGUCUUGUCUCCGAUGCUAUUUUACACGCUUUGACUUCUCUGUUCCCAAAAACUACCUAUUAUGUUGGUAUGGAUGCUAAAGUCUUGGCAUCGUUGAAUUGGUUGUUAGGCGACCGUCUUUCGGAGGCAAUACAAGCAAGGAUAUUUG